UCUUCAUGUGACAGAGUGAGGGAGGUUAAGACCAUUCACAUGCACUUCUGUUUAUUCUAACAAUGAAGUAGAACCUCUGGAGGUGCAGAGUUUCAACAUUGUUUGUUUUAUCCAAGUUGGGCCUGGGAGUGCUGAGAUAACAGGUUGAACCUUCCUGCCAUUAUCCGAACGUUGACAAUUUCCCGGUGGAAAUAGAUGGCAGCACGUACGCUUCUAACCAAUAAGCAUUGAAGUGACGUCGGUAAUCUCACAAAUGGUGAAUCAAAUCUAUGAUCAUAGUGAGAAGCAAAAUAUGGCCGAAAAUUUGACGAAACGACCGUCCAAGAGCAUACUAAAAUCAUCUACAAGUUUUGAAAAGCCAGAUGCAGUCCUGAAAAGAAAACAAAAGGAAACCAAGUGGGAUGAAAUGAACAUCAUUGCAACUUUACAUCCACCUGAUAAAGAUUACGGACAUAUGAAGAUUGACGAACCGAAAACACCAUAUAGUUAUGAAGUGGGAGAGGAAGAACCUGAUGGUUUGGAUGCAAACCUUUUAGCAGAAAAAAUCCAGCUGAGUGGUAACGAUCCCCCUAAAGGAUUCUCAACUACCAACGCAAGUGAAACUGAUUCAAGUGAUGAAGAAGAAACACCAGAGGAAAAAGCAAAGAGAAAGGUGUUUGAGAGCAAAAGGAAGGCCCAUUACAACGAAUAUUAUGCCGUCAAAUUAGCACGCAAACUCAUGAAUGCCGAAGAAGAUUGCGAACCAACCAAGGAGGAUGGCUGCAGUGGAAGAACUUCGCCAGAGUUAAUAUUCUGUGGUCUUGAGGGUUGCCCCGGCCACAAAAGUGGGAGGACGGAGAGGUGUGAGUCCGCUGCCGCUUACAGAAAGAACAAGGUGAAGGAUAACGAUAAAUAAAUAAUUUAGUGGAGGGAAGUUGGAAGAAGUCUGUCGGUGGUCUGGCUCAGAGGAAUUGGCACAGAGUGUGGCCUGUUGUAGCGAAGAGAUACACCAGCGUCUUUGUGGCAUUCCCUUAAACUUUUCCCAAACAGAAAAUAAGAUAUGGCUGAACUGAGCUGGAAAUGUUUUAUAUCACGUGGGGGCUAAUGUUCCGCACUUUCCGAUGGUACUUUCGGAGUUUGUGAUGUAUUAUAAUGAAAUUUGUGUAAAAAGGAAUCAAAGCAGAUUGUUUCUAAUGCAAAAUGGAAUCCUGCCGUAGCAUCCAAGAAAUGUUUCAAGUAAUAUUUACUGUAAGUGAUGUUACUUGCUGUUUCUAUACAUAAAGCAGUGAUCAGUGUAAUAAAUUUAUUUGUCAUAGGAUCCCUGGAUUUGUGUAUGUCCAUAAUUUGCAGCUUUCUCACCCCCCACCCCCCCUAGACCAGUCAGGAUAGUUUACAAAAAAUUUAAGAAUACUGGAUUCAGAUUUAGUGGCUUCACGAUUUCUCCUUGCUUAACCAGUUGUUGCCAACGUCAGUAGGAGAUACUGACACUUACGCAGAAUGUGAACCCAAAGCCAUUGCUGUUAUUCAGUAUGUGACGAUGUAGCUUCAUAGACUAGGCUCGUGGUGUAUUUAUGUGCAUUAUUUAUUUGCUUUGUUGGUAUGUGGGUAAUGGUUAUGAGUGAAUAAAGUUCACCAGCUUCUCUUCCUGCUUUGAGUCUGUCUUUAAACUUUUCUCUGAGGCAGUAACAUAUCCUUGUAGACGGACUUCAGCUUGGUAUUUGAACGGUGGCCUGUUCUUGGUUGAGACUAGUUCUGAUUCGCUUUGAAGUAUUUCACUUAACACUGUGGAGGAAGAACUUACAAGACUUGCAUGUAUGUACCAAAAUGUUUUCUGCUGGUAACUGAAGAUUGUCCGUCGUGAGAUACGAGAUUCUGCUGCCUGGAGAGCCAUAUUGUACUUUGAAAUUCUGUGUUCAUUUGAUUUUACGAAGUUUAACUGAAGUCGCCGUUGCUGUGUUGCAUGAUAACCUAACCUGACAGGAACACAAAUGCCUCAUCUACAGUUUUAGUUUAAUAAUAGAAAAUUUAUCUCUUCAAAUAUGGUUUAUUAUGAAUUUCCUGUAAAUAGAAUUUGGACUUACUGAAGUAUAAUCACAUUCUGUCAUUUUGUAAGACGUGCUGCAGCUACAUCUCCUGUGAUGGCUAAUUUCAGUCUUUUUUCUUCUUUUUGCAUUUAUUACCAUUGCCCUUAUUUAUACGACUCUUAUGGUGAUCAAUCUGUUCUUUAUUGCACUUCUGUAAAUGUAGGCGUAUUGGCAAUAACUUUGUCACCAGCGUUCCGAGUUUUAUCUGUCAUCAGAUCUUUGUCACAUACAGAUGAUGGUAGAAGGACAACAGAAAGUGGCAAUCAUGUAUUGAAAGCAUUGACACUUUGCUGAAGUAUGGGUACAGUCCAUCUGACGGUAGAAGUGGUUGGGCGCAAUGCUGAGAGACUGUGUGUCUAUGUGGCAUUUCUUUAAAUUUCCCCAAACUGAGAUUAAAAUUAGACGUGACACUUCGCUGUCUUGGGAGCGUGUAAUUUCGCCACCAAGUCUUACUUGUCAGGUGGGCGAUCCCUGUAAACGAGUACCCUCUGGCAUCCCCAGAUGAAGAAGUCAGAUGUUCCAGUUGUGGCGAUCUUGCACAACACAAUAUAGGGCUGCUACAUGAAAUUAAUCUGCUGAGGAAAUGUUUGUUUAGAUGGUAUUGGGCCAGUGCCGUAUCAUGCUAAAACCACAUUACGCCAACCAUCCAAUGGCAUGUCUCUGAGUAGCAGUAUCUCAUCACAUAGGACAGCGGACAGUCACAUUCAAACACAGAGCCUUUAAAUCGGAAUGUCAGUGCAGCACAAAUAAUACAGUGAUAAUGUGAAUGAUGAUACUGAUGACUACUUUUUCCUCGUCAGCAAAAAUGAUUGGACUGUGUAUGCUUUAUAGACAAACAAUAAUUAUGCAUUCUCUUUAAAAAUUUUAAUAUACAUAAUCUGGGAUCAAUUCUGUGUUGCUCUUUGUAUGAGUUUCACGUUGAAUUUUAAAACAUAUAGUUAAAUAAUAUGCAAACUGCAGAGUCUAAAUGUUUAUUACACCGUGGAAUCUGGUCGCAGGUCUCAGAACUUUGAUGAACAUUAAUUCAUGUUUUUCUUCAAAUGAAGCAUAUUGGUGUCUGCUUAAUUUUUGUUUACGUAAAUAAAUGUAAUUAAUGGGUGGUAGGAAAAAAACACAUAGUCAAAUACAAAGUAUUACAAACAAUUGCAAUUAUUGUGUGAUCUAUAGCUUUUAUGGUGAUUCGGUGUAAUGAAUUCUUCUUGGGCUACCAGCUGAUAGCCCAAGAAGAAUUCAUUAUAAUUGGAAUUAUUACACCAGCCGUAUGCUUACAUCACUUCCGGUUUUGGACUUUGAAAACUUUAGCUCUUGACUUUUGCUGCGCCGAAUAUGCACCUUCUUUUAAAUUAAAUGUUCCAAUGAAAAAUUGCUUACUUUUAACAAUAUACAAAUGGUGUUCCAUAAAUGGCUCCUUUCUUCUGUACAUAGACAAAUCGAUUGAAGUUUUUGAGCGUGGAUUUCAAUAUAAUAAGUCGAACUACUGAACAUUAAUUCUGCAUUUGUCAGAUAUUGUUCGCUGAUUGCAAGAAAUCCUACGAUUCAUUCUGGGAAGACAUAUUAUAUAACUUUCUCAUUAAAUUGAAACUAGUUAGGCUAAUUAAAAUGUAUACAGGCAUACCUCGGAGAUAUUGCGGGUUCGGUUCCACCGCAAUAAAGCGAGUCACACAAAUGUUUUGGUUUCCCAGUACGUAUAAAAGUUAUGUUUGCACUAUACUGUAGUCUAUUAAGUGUGCAAUACCAUUAUGUCUAAAAAGAACCAUGCAAGAACAUCGUGAGAAUUACCAAAAUGUGACACAGAGAGACAAAGAGACCACGUGCUGUUGGAAAAAUGGUGCCGAUAGACUUGCUCGACGCAGGGCUGCCACAAACCUUCAAUUUGUAAAAAACGCAAUAUCUGCGAAGUGCAAUAAAGCGAUGUAUGCCUGUAUAACACUUUGAUGAUGCUGAUCAUUUAAGAUUUGGACCCUCUAUGUAUAGAACAUUAGUAAAACUGUUGUAAGCUGGCUGAUGACAGAAUUUUGCAGUACGCCAUUGCUCUCUGGGCAGCAGAAUCACUGUUUUUAUAAUAAUAGGAAGCUGUGAGUUGGCAGCACAAAGCAUUUUGAUGCACAAAAGACUUGAAUAAUCUGUCACUCAAAAGUUGUGCAUAAAAUUGGGGGUUACAGUUAAGACCAGCCCACCGUUCACUUAUCAAUCCGAGGCUUGUUGUUUUGUUUACAAUACUGUGUCAUUGGCUCCAAGGAAAGUUUACAUUUAAUAGACUCAGAAUGAGAAGAAGCUGGUAAACUUUUCUUACUUCAUGAAGUUACGUAAAUACUAAGGAAGUCAACAAAUAAUGCUUGAAACAGGCACGUAAUUUUACUGGCAGCUAGAGUAAAGCCGUUCUACAAAGUUGGCUGGUAAGUUGAGAG